CACACUCCAGUCCAGUUGGUGGCGACACUCGAGAAAUGAGCGCCUAAGAAAGAAGUUCACCCCUGUGUGUCCUGAGGACUGACUGUGUGGAGACUCCUGACUGUGUGGAGACUCCUGAGAGCGUUCACUCUCCAGGUACCUGACUCUCUCUGACUCUCGCUCCACCAGAACAGACCCCGUGAUGUUUGCUGUCGGACGCGCGCUCCGCCUCGGCUCCAGGCUCUCCGUGUCCGCGGCGGCGAGGAGAGGAUGCGCGGGGAUCCAGGUGGACGACGUGGUGAACGGACUCACCGACGACCAGCUGCAGCUCAGACAGACGGUGCGGAAGUUCCUUGCAGAGAAGCUUGCACCUCAAGCUGAUGAGAUCGACAAGAAAAAUGAAUUUACAGGAAUGCGGGACUUCUGGAAAGACAUUGGGGAGAUGGGGCUCCUUGGGAUCACUGCUCCAGUGGAAUAUGGGGGCACGGGGCUGGGCUACCUAGAUCAUUGCAUUGUCAUGGAGGAAAUGUCGCGAGUGUCAGCAGCCGUUGCUCUUAGUUACGGCGCCCACUCAAACCUUUGUGUCAACCAGAUGGUGCGCCACGCAAACGAAGAGCAGAAGGAAAAGUACAUGCUGAAGUUAAUGACAGGAGAGCAUGUCGGCGCGCUGGCCAUGAGUGAGUCCAACGCUGGAUCAGAUGUCGUAUCAAUGAAACUCCGAGCUGAGAAGAAAGGCGACUACUAUGUCCUGAAUGGCAACAAGUUCUGGAUCACUAAUGGUCCAGAUGCUGACGUCCUCAUAGUUUAUGCCAAGACAAAUCCUGAGGCCCAUCAAAAAGGCAUCACAGCUUUCAUUGUUGAAAAGGGAAUGCCGGGAUUCUCCACAGCACAGAAGCUCGACAAACUCGGCAUGAGAGGAUCGAACACCUGCGAGCUGAUCUUUGAAGACUGUAAAAUCCCAGAGAAAAACAUUCUUGGUCCGCUGAAUAAAGGUGUUUAUGUGAUGAUGAGCGGCUUAGAUCUGGAGAGGCUGGUGCUCGCAGCAGGACCUGUUGGCAUCAUGCAGGCAGUUCUGGACUUUUCUGUUCCCUACCUACAUGUCAGAGAAUCUUUCGGACAGAAGAUUGGUGAAUUUCAGCUGAUGCAAGGCAAGAUGGCCGACAUGUACACCAGACUGAGCUCCUGUCGACAGUAUCUGUACAAUGUUGCCCGCGCUUGUGACAAAGGACAUUUCAGUUCAAUGGAUUGUGCUGGAGUCAUUCUGUAUUGUGCUGAGAAUGCCACUCAGGUUGCUCUGGAUGGUAUUCAGUGUUUGGGUGGGAACGGCUACAUCAACGACUACCCUAUGGGACGAUACCUUCGUGAUGCGAAGCUGUAUGAAAUCGGCGCAGGCACAAGUGAAAUCCGCCGGCUCAUCAUCGGACGAAGCUUCAACGCCAUGUUCAAAUAAGCUGAAGUGAGAAAGACGAGGGCUGAGGGCUGAAGGAAUGAAUGAUGGAGGAACAGUUACUCACACCCGGGGCCUUAACAUCAAAUGAGCUGAUGCUGCUGUUUGGAUGUUGUGGCUUUUUAGAGUUAGCGUCACCAGGGAUUUUAAUUCAUAUGCAGUAGACAUGGAAUGGCAGAGUUGACAGUGAUGUUACAACAAAUGAAAUGUUAGUUUAGUGUCUGAAGUGGCCUUCAUGUCUUUUUUUUAUGUAUGAGGUUGUUGUAAAGUUAAUGAUAACCACUGAAAUAUCAAUUUCACCACAUUAGAUAAAUUAACCUUUAUACAAACUGAUGAAAAUGAAUUGAGAAAUAUUUGAAAAUGGCUGCUUGUCUUUGUUUGGGUCCAUUUUUUUGUAUUUUGUAGUUUUAGACCCCUGCAACACGCUGACAGAUUAUUUUAGUUUUCUCUUCAACACCCCUUCCAGAAAUCAAAAAUCCCACUGCUGCUGAAAGAGAAGUGGAUUGUGAAUGUUGUAUUAUUUAUUGUGAGGAAAAUUGAUACCAGGGGCUCUGUGUUGCUCCAGGACAUGUUGGCAGGUCACUGUUCUUUGGAUAAAACCUAAAAAAACAUCCAACAAUGACUUUCUCUAAAUUUAACAAUCAUCACUACAGUUAAAAUGAAAGAUGGAACUUUACAGUGAUUGUUCACUGUGAAUGUGAG